GAAGAAAGAAAAAGAAGUCUGACGCUCUACGCUGGUUUGCUCUACUCCUACUUACAAAAACACAAACCAGCACCCCAAAAACAAGUGAUUUGCAUCGAUCUUAAACCCAUUGCGGAAAAAGAAAAGAACUAUUGGGGGGUUUUGUUCGUCUACUGCUGCCGCACCAUUGUGUUCAAAUGGGUCAAGUCCAAAGCGAUGCAGCCGAUUCUCCUCCUCCUCCUCCUCCUCAUCAUCAUCAAUCGGAGCGUUUGUCAUCGUCAUCGCCGGAAACCAAUCAACCUGCUUCCAUGGAAUCUCUAAUCGCUGAAGCUGCUGCAUAUGGCAACGAUGAGAAUGCGUCUCUUGAUGCGAAAGCUCAGAAGGCACUAGAAUGCCCUUGUAUAUCUGACUUGAGGAAAGGGCCAUGUGGUACCCAGUUCUCAGAGGCUUUCCUCUGUUUUCUGAAGAGCACUUCUGAAGAAAAGGGCUCGGAUUGCGUGCAUCCAUUUGUGGCUUUGCAGAGUUGUAUCAAGGCUAAUCCCAAUGCAUUUUCAAAGGACGUUUUAGCUGAUGAUGACAAUGAAGUCAAGAAAGAAGCCGAGGCAACCCAAGAGCAAAGAGUCAUCCCUCCCUUAUGGGCUGUAGAAUCACAAAAGCCAAAGCCCAAGCUUUAGGAAAAUAUUUACUUUAUUUUAUUUUAUUUUAUUUUAAUGCUAGGCAAUCCAUUUUCUGACAAUCAUAAAUUUCAUCCCAAUAGUUCCAUCUUCAAUCUAUUUCUUGCAAUUUUGAAGAUUUAGCUUUUUUUCUCUGAAAUAUUAAAUAGAAAUACUCUUUUUAUUUCAGAUGAACUCCGAAGACCUAAAGCUAAACAAUAAGAGGCAUAAAUUAUGAAAUAUAUUUAUUAUUUCUUUCCA